AUGCCAAAGGCAAAAAGAAACGAUUAUGGAAUGAUAAAAUUCUCUCUCAAUAAUAGAAGCGGUCGUGGUGGUAGUCAUUAUAACAACCGACCUCCAACCACCACUAAUAAUAAAGACAACAACCUUAACGUAAUCUUUUCUCUAAACGAAGGGGAGAUCGACGACGAUAAGUUGUUAGAAAAUCCACCAUGUAAAAUACAUUUUUCUAGUAUAGAGGAGCUUAUUUCUCCAUCCACGAAAAGUAGAUCAUAUAAUAAAUCACAAAAAGAUCCAACAGGAAAAAUACAUAUUCCUAGGCCGCAAAAUGCAUUUGUGCUCUUCAGAAAAAAUCACAGCGAGGGCCUUAAAAAUCGAAAGAAAAGCGACCGUACAGCCGGUAAAAUCUCAACAAGUGCUAAAGAGGAGUGGGAUAAUGUCUCUUCGCAAGAGCUUAUUUCUCCAUCCACGAAAAGUAGAUCAUAUAAUAAAUCACAAAAAGAUCCAACAGGAAAAAUACAUAUUCCUAGGCCGCAAAAUGCAUUUGUGCUCUUCAGAAAAAAUCACAGCGAGGGCCUUAAAAAUCGAAAGAAAAGCGACCGUACAGCCGGUAAAAUCUCAACAAGUGCUAAAGAGGAGUGGGAUAAUGUCUCUUCGCAAACAUAUCAAUUAUACCAACAAUUUUACGAAAUUUUGUAUCUAGAACAAUUCCAAAAUCCUAACAUGAACCAAGAUUUCGACCAACCACAACAAUACCAACAACUUCCAUAUGCGCAACUUCAAUAUAUGCCGGAUGUGAUGAUCACGUCACCCGAAGAAUGUUUAAUCCCUAAUUCUGCUGUUGAAAGUUCCCCUACUUCAACAAGCUUUUCAGAGUUGGAAUCACCGGAGAUUGAAUAUUAUCAAUAUUCAAAUAUACACGAUUCCCCACUCUUUCCAGAGAUCGAGUUAUCUCGAUCUGUUUUCGAUAAUGAUGAAUCGAAAUAUUAA